AAAAUAAAUCACAAGUGAUUGUUGAAAGUUGAAACAUAUCGAUCUCGUUUCUCUAACCUUUUCAAACUUCGGAUUCGGAAUCAAGUCUCCCUUUGGCACAAUCAUAGCUUCUCCGCGUCAGCCAUGUCCGAUAAAGUUCCCCCUUCCUUCGAUCGCGCGAAUGCUGGAUCUCAAGGGUUCAACCCAGGCUUAAUAGUUCUACUUGUUGUUGGAGGGUUGCUAUUGACAUUCCUCAUUGGAAACUUUGUCCUCUACUCUUAUGCACAGAAGACUAUUCCUCCUAGGAAAAAGAAGCCAGUCUCAAAAAAGAAGAUGAAAAAGGAGAGACUGAAGCAAGGUGUCUCUGCACCUGGAGAGUAGAGGCAAUGGACUCAAAUGUUCUAUGUAAUGUGGAUUACCUUGUACUUUUAUAAACAAAUCUCAGUUCUGUUGUGUCUUAAAGUUAAUUUUUCAUGUUUCCAUCCUGUGUGUUACUGACAGAAAGCUUAGCUACAUCAGUUAGUACUCUUAGCAAUAUAUUUGGGACAAGCUAUUUUGUGGUUUAGAUAAUCAUUUUUCUUAUA